AAUUGGGGAUGAACUAUUUCUGAAGUUUGAUGCUUCUUCAUCUUCGGAAAAAGCUACCACCAUUUUCGAACUGUUGAGGCACUGCUCAACAGAUGUUAUAAAUAUUUUAAAUAUUUUAUUGGAUAGAGAAGAUGAUGAAGGAGAUGAAUUGGUUGGGGAGGAGACAGCAGAUGGAUCAGAGAAUGGAUCAGAAGAUGGAUUGGAGAGUGGAUCAGAGGAUGGAGGCAGAGAGAUAGAAAUGAGGGAGGUGGAAAUUGAGGUGGUGGAAGAUAGUGGAGAGGAUGAAGUGGAGGUGGUAGAAGACAGUGGGGAGGAUGAGGAGGAUGAAUUAGUUGAGGAGGAGGGGGUAGUAGAAGUGGAGGUGAUAGAAGAUACUGAGGAGGAUGAUAGAGAGGAUGAAGAUGAUAGAGAGGAUGAAGAUGAUGAUGAUAGUAAUGAUGGAAUUGUAGAUAUUGGGGAGGGAGGAGGAGGGAUUAAUGAGGACCAAUCAAGCUAUGAGUUUGAAGGCGUGGGAGUUUAG